AUGCAGGUGUCCUCUCCGGCUGAUGUCUCAAAUCUCUGCUACCCGGGGUACAAACUGGAACACUCCUUUGUGCCUCGGGCUGGAGUUUGCGUUUGCGUCAGAGAGGACAUCUGUUAUCGAUGCCUCGGCAGACUUGAAGGUUCGGACCUGUCCAUCCUUUGGCUCCGCGUGGACAGCGAUGACCAUCCGCGCGUCUUCGGGUGCCUCUAUAGGUCCCAUAGCGGUAAUGCCGAAACAGACCGACUCUUCGACCACGUCCAAAUGGCUACAGAUUCGUUUCUACAGCAGAUCCCCUCCGCAGAGAUCGUGAUCUUCGGCGACUUUAACGCCUAUCACGCCGAAUGGCUUGGUUCAUGUUUAACCGAUCAUGCAGGGUGA